AUGGCAGGAGGUAUGGUAAUUCAAGCAGAUACAAAGGAUUAUGGUGGAAAAAUUACCAUGUUUGUGCUCAUGACUUGUCUGGUAGCUGCAACUGGUGGCCUCAUCUUUGGUUAUGACUUGGGAAUUUCAGGAGGAGUAACGUCAAUGGAUGUGUUUUUAGAGAAGUUCUUUCCUUCCGUAUAUAAAAAGAUGCAAGAUGAUACCGGUAAAACAAAUCAGUACUGCAAAUUUGACAGUCAGUUGUUAACAAGCUUUACUUCUUCUCUAUAUGUUGCGGCUUUGGUUGCUUCAUUUGCUGCUUCUAUAACAACAAGAAUCUUCGGGAGAAAAGUUUCUAUGCUUACAGGAGGAAUUAUAUUUUUAAUCGGUUCGGCCCUAAACGGUGCUGCCACGAAUGUCACGAUGCUUAUCCUCGGCAGAAUAUUACUCGGUAUAGGUGUAGGAUAUGCCAACCAGUCUGUUCCAGUUUAUUUGUCCGAGAUGGCACCUGCAAAACUGAGAGGAGCCCUUAACAUGGGAUUUCAAUUAGCUAUCACAAUCGGAAUAUUGGCAGCAAAUCUGGUGAACUACGGUACAGCCAAGAUCAAGGGUGGAUACGGAUGGAGAGUUUCAUUGGCUCUCGCAGCUGUACCAGCAAUCAUAAUGACUGUUGGUGCCAUUUUCCUUCCGGACACUCCAAAUUCACUCCUCGAAAGAGGUCAUCAAGAGAAGGCUAAAACCAUGUUGCAGAAAAUCCGAGGAAACCAAGAAGUUGAAGAAGAAUUUCAAGACCUUAUCGAGGCAAGCGAAGCAGCAAAGAAGAUUGAACAUCCAUGGAGGAACAUACUUCAGCCAAGAUACAGGCCUCAACUCAUCAUGUCAAUUAUGAUUCCGUUCUUCCAACAGUUCACUGGUAUCAACGUCAUCAUGUUUUAUGCACCAGUCCUCUUUAAGACUAUAGGCUUCGGUGAUGAUGCGGCACUUAUGUCCGCCGUUAUCACUGGACUCGUCAAUAUGUUUGCCACUUUUGUUUCCAUUGGCACAGUCGACAGAGUUGGUCGAAGAAUGUUAUUCCUCGAAGGUGGAAUUCAGAUGCUCAUCUGUCAGAUCUUAGUAGGAGUCAUACUCGGCAUGAAGUUUGGUGUAGAAGGUGUUGGAUCCAUGUCCAAGUCCAGCUCAUAUCUGGUAUUGUUCUUGAUCUGUGCUUAUGUUGCGGCAUUUGCAUGGUCAUGGGGGCCCUUGGGUUGGUUGGUUCCAAGUGAAAUCUUCCCUCUAGAGAUCAGAUCAGCAGGACAAGCCAUCAACGUAUCAGUCAACAUGUUCUUUACCUUUAUCAUUGCCCAAGCAUUCCUUACCAUGCUUUGUCACAUGAAGUUUGGUCUAUUCUUCUUCUUUGGCGGAUUCGUCUUGAUAAUGACUCUCUUCAUUUUCUUCUUCUUGCCUGAGACAAAGAAUGUACCAAUUGAAGAAAUGAACAAUAUAUGGAAAAAACAUUGGUUCUGGGGUAAAUAUAUCCCCGAUGAUGCUAUCAUUGAUGUCCACCACACAUCCGAGAAGGUUUCCGAUCACUGAUCAUAGUAUUGCAUUGUCCACCUAUGCGCUUUUAGUUUUCUUCAACUGUUUUCGUUCCAGGCUUUCAAGUUUAAACAGUUGGUGCAUGCAAGCAGUUGACGGCUAGGUUGGGAGUUGAAUAGACGAAAAAGAAGUGCACUGCAAAGGAAUGUAAAUGACUCUGAGAAGUCUGGACUAGG